AUGAACAUAGAGUAUGAGCAAACAGCAAAUUUUUUCUACCCUCCUGAUCAAUAAGGGAACAAAUAAAAAUUUAUCCAUUCUAGAAGAUUAUUGAAACCAAAGAGUGCUAAUUCUAAUCCAUCUACAUAAUUAACAAUUUCAAAACCAGGUUCUGAUAAUUCAGGUUUGCAUACUCCUCCUUUGAUAGGAGAGAUAAAGAAGGGAUCAGAUAUAUUAAGAGAUUGCGAAAUCAAAAAAAAUAACAAUUAUCGGAUUCUUAGUUCGAAUAUAAAUCAACGAUCAAGCUAUCCUUAAUAGAUUAGUUUUGGAAAUAAAUUCAUAUUUAUUGAUGAAUAGAAAUUAAAUAAAUUCACUGAAAGCCCUUAAUCAAAGAUAAAUAAACUGCCAGAAAUCUUCAAUUACAGAAACUCUUGUUAAGGGUUCAAAUAGAAUUAUAGAAUCUAAAGUAGUCAAAGUAAAAGAGAGACUAUAACAAAUUUUAAUGUUGAAUGUCCUAAAUAAAUAUAUAUACAACAAUGCAUGCAACGAUUAGAACUGAAACAAACCAUUUAAAAAUAAAAUCAAAAUAGAUUACCUAGUUAACCUAUUUCCUUUUUAUAAGCAAAAUAAUAAAAGAAGAUGAUAAGUCGAAUAUUUUCAGGCAAACGUGAUUCAUGA